CCCCGAGGAGGUGCCAGGCCCUGGUAGCUCCGCUUUCCUUCCUGGUCCUGCGGGGCUGGAUUGUUCGUGGGGCUGUGGCCGGGGACCGUGUCUAGUGCCCAUCCAGGUGCUGCUAGCCCGGCCCCAUGGCCCUGGUCACAGUGAGUCGCUCACCCCCGGCCAGCGGCCACUCUACGCCUGUGGGGCCCACGCAGGAGCAGGCAGCCAAGCGGAGAAAUCGGCUCCAGCGAAGGCAGAGCUUUGCAGUGCUUCAUGGGGCUGUCCUGGGACUGCAAGAUGGAGGGGACAAUGGUGAUGCAGCUGAGGCCAGCCCUGAGCCAGCAGAAGAACCCUUGGGUGAGGAACAGCCCCAUGGAGACCAGACAGACUAUGGGCAAGGGCCCCAGAGUCCCCGGAAACAGGAGCAGAGGCAGCACCUGCGUCUCAUGGUGGAAUUACUGAGGCCGCAGGAUGACAUCCUCCUGGCAGCCCAGCUGGAGGCAGCUCGGCCUCCCCGGCUCCGCUACCUGCUGGUAGUUUCCACACAAGAGCAUCUGAGCAAGAAUGAGACGGUUCUCCUGGGGGUGGAUUUCCCUGACAGCAGCUCCCCCAGCUGCACCCUGGGCCUGGUCUUGCCCCUUUGGAGUGACACCCAGGUGUACUUAGAUGGAGAUGGGGGCUUCAGCGUGACAUCUGGUGGGCAGAGCCAAAUCUUCAAGCCCAUCUCCAUCCAGACCAUGUGGGCCACACUGCAGGUGCUGCACCAGGCAUGUGAGGCAGCUCUAGGCAGUGGCCUUGUGCCUGGUGGCAGUGCCUUCACCUGGGCCAGCUACUACCAGGAGAGACUGAACUCAGACCAGAGCUGCCUCAAUGAGUGGAUGGCCAUGGCUGAUCUGGAGUCUCUGCGGCCUCCCACCACCGAGCCUGGCCAGUCCUCAGAACAGGAGCAGAUGGAGCAGGCAAUCCGUGCUGAGCUGUGGGAAGUGCUGGACGCAAGUGACCUGGAGAGCAUCACUUCCAAAGAGAUCCGCCAGGCUCUGGAGCUACGCCUGGGAUGUCCCCUGCAGCAGUACCGUGACUUCAUCGAUAACCAGAUGUUGCUGCUCAUGGCACAGCAAGACCGGGCUUCUCGCAUCUUCCCCCACCUUUACCUGGGCUCGGAGUGGAAUGCAGCCAACCUGGAGGAGCUGCAGAGAAACAGGGUCACCCACAUCUUGAACAUGGCCCGGGAGAUUGACAACUUCUACCCAGAGCGCUUCACCUACUACAACGUGCGCCUGUGGGAUGAGGAGUCAGCCCAGCUGCUGCCCCACUGGAAGGAGACACACCGUUUCAUUGAGGCUGCAAGGGCACAGGGCACCCGGGUGCUAGUCCACUGCAAGAUGGGUGUCAGCCGCUCGGCGGCCACGGUGCUGGCCUAUGCCAUGAAGCAGUAUGGCUGGAGCCUGGAGCAGGCACUGCAGCAUGUGCAGGAGCUCCGGCCCAUCGCCCGCCCCAACCCUGGCUUCCUGCGCCAGCUACAAACCUACCAGGGCAUCCUGACUGCCAGCCGUCAGAGCCACAUCUGGGAGCAGAAAGUGGGUGGGGUCUCCCCAGAGGAGCCCCUGACCCCUGAAGUCUCUACACCAUUUCCACCUCUUCCGCCAGAACCGGGGGGCGGUGGGGAGGUGAAAGCCAUGGGCUUGGAGAAGAGCCAGGCAGCCUCAAAAGAAGAGUCUGGGCCACGGCCCCGUAUCAACCUCCGCGGGGUCAUGAGGUCCAUCAGUCUUCUGGAGCCCUCCUUGGAGCUGGAGAAUGCUUCAGGAACGGGUUACCUGCCAGAGGUGUUUUCUCCCCAUGAGUCUUCAGAUGAAGAGCCUCCACGGCCCUUUCUUCAGCUCUCAAGGGCCAAGGGAGGCCAGUGGGCCCGCAAGGGGCCUUGGCCUGCCCUGAAAUCUCGCCAGUCUGUGGUUGCUCUCCAUAGUGCUGCACUGGUGGCCAGCCGGGCCCAAGCCUUCCAGGAGCAGGGCCAGGGGAAGAGGCAAGAAGAGGCUGGCAUUCCCUGCAUGCUCAAGCCCCGAAAGGUGGUGAGGCAGGCCAGCGUGGAUGACAGUGGAGAGGAGGGUGAGGCCUGAGCCUGUACAUGCUCAUGUUCCCCUAGACCAGCAGUUCUCAACCUAUGGGUUGCAACCCCUUUUUUUCAUUUGUAACAACACAGCAAUUAGGAAGGUUGAGAACCACUGCCCUAGACACUAAAUAGCGGAUCCACAGCUCCUCAGAGGAACCCUCUCACACCUCUACCCACUACUCUUAGCUCUUUCCCCUGGUGCUCCCAGAGCUGCCACUACAGCUUCACCUCCUACAGCCUUAAGUCUCAGACCCAUGCCCAUCUGUCCAAGGGCUCAGGCUUUCUCUGUAACUGGGAUGUGGCAGAGAGACUGCAUGUGCCUUUGAGGGGCAUUAGCAACCCUAGUUUCAUUCUCAACUCUUGCCCUGAGACCCACAGCCAUAGAAUAAACACAGCUUUGCAGUGGGGAAAGGCUCAUGCCUCUUCUCACCUUCCCAUGUCAUUCUGGAGCCAGCUAGGCCAGAGGCAGACAGGAACCUCAGUUCUCAGACCUGGGAGGCCUGAGGGGGCUUGCAGGCCACCUCACUGGCCCACCUCACAAUUGGCCUUAGUCUUCUGCCACUGUCCCCAAUCCUCUCACAGCACCACACUGGGUCACAGAGCACCAGGCCAAAGAGAAUCAUCUUUCUGUCCUUCAUGGCCUGUGGCCAGUCAGUUUUUCAUAGUCUUAAUAGAUCUGGUUUUGUUCUGAGAAAUAAACAUUUUCAUAUUAUUUUCAAUUUUACAAUA